AUGAAAAUACCGCUGAGAUUGUUUGGCGAAUUCCAACAUGAACAUAAUUGUCCACCGUGGCAUGUUUCAACCAAUGAAGGUGCUUCUACUUCUAAAGAAGAUAUCGCAAAAGAUUGUGCUAACGAUAGCGAUUCUAUGGAUGUUGAUGGAGGUGAAGGUGACCCGGAAGAGGAGCCCGGUGACAUGAGGAUCUCAGAGAGAGACAAGACCAGCAGUAACAAUAGUGAAAUGUCGAAUUGCGAUAGAACGCCUACAGAUAUGCCACGAGAUGGAUUCGGAGUUGGACGGGGCCAGUUUUUCAGAUAUACUGGAGGUCGAGCCUUUUUGCCGCAAGUGGGACCGCAUGGAAGCUUCAUGGGGGCAUCAAGAGCAGCUACUCCACAUCGUGGUCGGUUCGGAUUCAUCACCACUUCCGGACAAGCUGAUCGAGGCGGUUUCUUUCCACCACCGAUGAGAGGUGUUAAUCGAGGUGCGCCCAAUCUUAGACGUGGUUUCCCGAAUACUGGUGGCUUCCGAUCACCAAUGACACAACAACUAUUCCGUGGCCGUGGUGGUUUCUAUGGACCUCGCCGGGCUGGCCCAAGAGGAGGAGUUUAA